AUGCCUACUUCUUCAUCCCUCCGCUGCGUGAAAGGCAUCUUCGCCGGAAAAGACAGAGCAAUAAAUCAGCCCAUUACUUCUUCAAGACCCACCGAUCGAGCCCAAGCAAUUGUAGACUCUUUCAAAAAAUCAUCGGAAUGCCCCAAAUUCCGACUGAAACGCUUCCAAUAUGAAAUCACCGUUCACCAACUUACCGAAGCCAAACACAAAUCCGGCAUUAUAGAUAUCAUAGAACAUCAAAAAAACUAUCCUGAUAUUCGUAACGAAGCGUUUGUUGCCCGUCUUAUUCUUCUUUAUGGCAAAGCGAAAAUGGAUCAUCAUGCACGUAAGUUGUUCGACGAAAUGCCUCGACUAAAUUGUCCGCGCACUGUCUUUUCCUUCAAUGCCCUACUGGAAGCAUAUCUUAAAUCAGAGAAAUAUGAUAAAAUCGGCGGCUUGUUUCGCGAAUUGCCCCCGAAAUUGUCAAUUGAGCCUGAUUUGGUGUCGUAUAACACUGGGAUUAAGGCAUUGUGCAGGGCUGGUUUGUUGGAUUCUGCUGUGUAUUUGAUGGAUGAGAUUGAAAAUCAUGGGAUUAAGCCGAAUAUUGUCACUUGUAACACGUUAUUAAAAGCAUUUCAUGAAAGCAAAAGGUUUUCUGAAGCUGAAAGUUUGUGGGCUAUGAUGGAAAAGAGAAAUAUUAUCCCUGAUCUUUGCAGUUACAAUAUUAAAUUAACUAGUUUGGUUAAAGCUAAGGAAGUUUCAAAGGCGAUUCAGUUCUUCGAGGAGAUCGUUAACAAGGGUUUCAAACCGGAUAAUUUCAGUUACAGUGCUAUGAUAAAAAUGUAUGUUACUAAGGGGAAUCUGGAGGAGGUCAACAAGUGGUAUGAGAAGAUGACGCAAAACGGAUGUCUUCCGGAUGUUUCAACAUUAACGAUACUUAUUAGUUUUGCUUGUAGCGCCAAAAAAAUUGAUUUUGCUUUGGAUUUGUGCAAGAAAGCAAUGAAUUCACGCAAAGCUAUUCAUAAUACAAUAAUGCAGAGGGUUGUCAAUUGUUUGGUUGAGCAUUCUAAGAUUGAAAAUGCGAGAGAACUGGUUAAGUUGGCUGAGUCUUAUAAGAGCUUUCCGUAUGAGCUUUCCUUGCCUUUGCAUAGCUAG